AUGGCCGACCGGCCCGAGGCGGGCCGGUCGGCGGCGCUGGGCUCGAGUGCGACGUGUUGCGUGUCCGCAGAGGGCGCGGGCCGUGGGCGCUGGUGCUGGCGCUGGCGGCGGCGUGGUGGGGGCGCGGGCGCGCGCAACAUCGCAAGCACCGCGGCGCGCGGCGCUAGAGCCGCCCUGAGCGGCCGCUCCAGGAACAUAUUUAUUCUAGAUAGAUCUAAUGUUACGGGCCGAGCCGCCCGCCGCCCGCUCGAGCGAGACGCGCACGCACCUUCCAAUUCUAAAUUUUAA